AUGAUGGAUGCAGCUAGUGGAGGCGCUAUAGUGAACAAAACUCCUCGUGAAGCUAGAGAUUUGAUAUCCAUAAUGGCUGCCAAUUCACAACAAUUUGGAUGUAGACAGGACACCCCUUCUAGAAGGGUGAAUGAGGUAAAUAUUUCUUCUCUUGAGAAUAAAGUAUCUCACUUAACUACUCUUGUUCAACAGUUAGCUCUAGGAGGUACGCAUCAGGUAAAAGCUUGUGGGAUAUGUGCUGCUACUGGACACCAAACUGACAUGUGUCCGACACUUCAAUAUGAUUCUUGUGAGCAAGCUAACGCAAUUGGAGGGUUUCCAGGCCAACCACAACGAAAUUAUGAUCCCUAUUCAAAUACGUACAAUCCAGGAUGGAGGGAUCAUCCAAAUUUCAGCUACAAGCCACGUCCACAGUUUCCACAGUUUCAGCCUAGACAACCUAUUCAACAACAAUCUUCAUCUUCACAACAACCAUCUUCUAAUUCAAGUAUGUCAUUGGAGGAUAUUGUUAAGUCACUUGCCACUAACACACAGCAAUUUCAACAGCAAACACAACAAUUUCAGCAAGAAACAAGAACAAGUAUUCAACACUUAGAAAGUCAGAUGAGCCAGCUAGCAUCUACAGUUAGUAGAUUGGAAUCUCAAGGUAAGUUACCCUCACAAACUAUUGUAAACCCGAAGCAAAAUGCAAGUGCAGUUACCUUGAGAAGUGGAAAAGAGUUGCCAGAACCUACUCAAGUGAGAAGCAAACACAACCGAGAUGAAGAAAAUGAAAAAGAAUUCCAUCCACCCCAAAAUGAUCAAAAACUUGUCAAAGAAAGUCCAGAGACUUUGGUAAUUCCUCCUCCUUUUCCUAGUAGAUUGGCAAAAUCAAAAAAGGUGGAAGAACAAAAGGAAAUACUUGAGACAUUUCGAAAGGUUGAGGUAAAUAUUCCUUUACUAGAUGCUAUUAAACAAAUUCCUCGAUAUGCUAAGUUUCUCAAGGAGUUGUGCACAAACAAAAGAAAAUUAAAAGGCAAUGAAAUGGUAAGCAUGGGAGAAAAUAUUUCUGCCGUUUUACAAAAAAAGUUGCCUCCUAAAUGCAAAGAUCCAGGUAUGUUCACUAUCCCUUGCAAAAUUGGAAAUGUUAACGUUGAAAAAGCAAUGUUAGAUCUAGGAGCUUCAAUUAAUGUGAUGCCUUUGUCUAUUUACUCAUCUUUGAAUGUUGGUUCAUUAAAAGAAACUGGUGUAAUUGUUCAACUUGCUGAUAGAUCUAAUGUUUAUCCUGUCGGGGUUCUAGAGGAUGUUUUAGUACAAGUUGAUGGAUUGAUUUUUCCAGCUGAUUUUUAUGUGUUAGACAUGGAAGAAGACAAUUCUCCAAAUUCUUCAUUGAUCUUAUUAGGAAGGCCAUUUUUGAAAACAUCUAAAACUAAAAUUGAUGUGCAUGAUGGUACGCUCACAAUGGAAUUUGAUGGUGCACUCAUAAAGUUUAACAUUUAUAAUGCCAUGAAAUAUCCUGAUGAUGUGUCAUCUGUUUCUCUCACAGAUGUUUUGCAGGAUAUUGUUCAUGAUCAGUUUUCUUUGAAUUUUGAGUUGCAGGAUAUUGUUCAUGAAUUGGAGUCACUAAAGCCAAUUCAAUAUAAUGUUCAUUAUAUUGAAUUGCCUACAUCUAGCACAAAACUCCUGCCUUCUGUUAUACAGGCCCCAAAGAUAGAACUGAAACCAUUGCCAGAUCAUCUAAAGUAUGCAUUCUUAGGGGAUGGAGAGACUCUUCCCGUGCUAAUUUCUAACAAAUUGUCUACAUUGGAAGAGGAAAAGUUGGUCCGAGCGCUUAGAGAAUAUAAGGAAGCUAUAGGUUGGACUAUAGCUGACAUUAAGGGAUUGAGCCCUUCCACUUGUAUGCACCGGAUAUUGUUGGAAGAUGAUUGUAAACCUUCUAAACAACCCCAGCGCCGAUUGAACCCACCCAUGAUGGAAGUGGUUAAGAAAGAGAUCCUGAAACUCCUUGAUGCAGGUAUAAUCUAUCCAAUUUCGGAUAGCAAAUGGGUAAGUCCUGUGCACGUUGUCCCAAAGAAAACAGGUAUAACAGUGAUAGAAAAUGAUGAUGGAGAGUUGGUACCCACUCUAUCUUCUAAAGGAAUUGAAGUGGAUAGAGCUAAGGUAGACGUUAUUAAAUCUUUGCCUUACCCUACUAGUGUACGGGAGGUUCGUUCUUUUCUUGGUCAUGCAGGUUUCUACAGGAGAUUUAUAAAGGAUUUCUCAAAGAUUAGCAAUCCAUUGUGCCGAUUGUUGCAAAAAGAUGUGACAUUUGAGUUCGAUGAGGCAUGCAAAAAUGCAUUUGAUACACUGAAAGAUAUGUUGACAUCCGCACCAAUAAUUCAGUCACCAAAUUGGGAUCUUCCAUUCGAACUUAUGUGUGAUGCCAGCAAUUAUGCAGUUGGUGCUGUACUUGGGAAAAAAGUUGGAAGAGUUUCACACGUUAUCUAUUAUGCUUCAAGAACACUUGAUAUUGCACAAAGCAAUUAUACCACAACAGAAAAAGAACUUUUAGCUAUUGUCUUCGCUUUAGAAAAAUUCCGUUCGUAUUUACUUGGUACUAAAGUGAUUGUUUAUUCUGACCAUGCAGCGCUAAAGUACUUGCUUUCAAAGAAAGAAGCAAAGCCCAGACUUAUUCGAUGGAUGCUCUUAUUACAAGAGUUUAACUUGGAGAUACGAGAUAAAAAGGGUGCAGAAAAUUUAGUUGCUGAUCACCUUAGCAGGCUGAUCACAAGUGAAAAACCUUCGCCAUUACAAGAUGAUUUUCCUGAUGAACAUCUUUUUUCUGUCCAAAAGACAAUUCCCUGGUAUGCUGAUAUUGUGAAUUUCUUAGUUACCAGAACAUUACCCGCUAAUUUAUCUAAAUCUCAAAAAGAUAAAAUAAAGAGUGAUGCUAAAUACUACGUUUGGGAUGACCCUUAUUUGUGGAAGCAUUGUUCUGAUCAAAUAAUCCGCAGGUGUGUAUCUCAAGAAGAAAUUCCUUCCAUUUUGAAUUUUUGUCAUUCAUAUGCAUGUGGAGGACAUUUUGGUCCAAAAAGAACAGCUCGUAAAGUGUUGGAAUGUGGUUUAUUUUGGCCAUCUCUAUUCCGUGAUUGCUAUAUGUUUUGCAAAACAUGUGAACAGUGUCAAAAAACUGGAAAUUUGGGUUAUAGGGAUCAAAUGCCACUUACCCCUAUUCUUGUGUGUGAAAUAUUUGAUGUUUGGGGUAUUGAUUUUAUGGGACCUUUUCCUUCUUCUUACCAUAAUAUCUACAUUAUUCUUGCUGUCGAUUAUGUGUCAAAGUGGGUCGAAGCCAAGGCUACCCGAACUGACUCUGCUAAAGUUGUUGUUGAGUUUGUUAAAUCUAAUAUUUUUGCCAGGUUUGGGAUGCCAAGAGCAAUAAUAAGCGACCGUGGAACUCAUUUUUGCAAUAGAAUGGUGGAAGCAUUGAUGAAAAAGUAUGAUGUUACUCACCGUAUUUCUACAGGUUACCAUCCACAAUGCAAUGGACAAGCCGAAAUCUCAAACAAGGAAAUCAAGUCCAUACUUGAAAAGACUGUUAACCCAAACAGGAAAGAUUGGAGUACACGACUUGAUGAUGCUUUAUGGGCUUAUCGAACAGCCUACAAAACUCCAAUAGGUAUGUCUCCUUAUCGUUUAGUAUUUGGUAAACCGUGCCACCUUCCAGUUGAGUUGGAACACAAGGCGUAUUGGGCCGUUAAGCAAUGUAACAUGAGGAUGGAUGAAACUGGUUCGUUGAGGAAGUUGCAGCUGCAAGAGCUUGAAGAAAUUCGUAAUGAUGCAUACGAAAGCUCUAGAAUUUACAAGGAAAAAACAAAAGCAUUUCAUGAUCAAAAGAUUUCCAGGAAAAUAUUUUCUAUUGGUCAAAAAGUUUUACUUUAUCAUUCUAGAUUGAAAUUAUUUCCUGGUAAAUUACGCUCUAGAUGGGUAGGACCUUUUGUUGUCACUAAUGUUUUUCCUCAUGGUGCAGUGGAAAUACACAGUUUAGAAACUGGAAAAUCUUUUAAAGUGAAUGGUCACCGUUUAAAGCCAUUUUAUGAAGGUUUUCAGGCAUAUAAUGUCGAAGAGAUUGGUUUGCAAUGCCCCGUUUAUGAAGAUUGA